AUGUCAUCAGCCGGAAAGUCGUUUGGCACGCAGUCGCCGCCCCUCGAGGCCACCGGCGAGCAGCAGCCGAUGGGUGUAUCGUCCGUCGACGGCGGAAAGCCCCAGCCGGUCCCGGAUUCGCAACAGCGAUCAGGCUACUUCAAGGACGAUGGCAAGCACGCAGAUUCCGCCGCUGGUCAAACGGAGAAGACUGAGAAGACCAAGAAGGACUAA